GGCGCUCCUGAAUCUAGGUGACGCCAGUGGAAGAGACCGACAGGAGAAGCGCGCUCUUGUAGAAUACAGAAACCUCGCGGGAAAAGCAGAUAAUUCGUCGAUUUACGGUUAAUUCCGGAUGCCUGUCUGAAGAUGAAGUGUCUAGGUUACUCGGGACCAUGGAGCUGAGCAAACACAAGAUGAUGAUUACCGUCACCACAGUCACAUGCAUAGAGAAGACAGUUCAGGCCAAGAACAGAACAAACACAGACAUAGACCCUAAUGCUUAGUGAGGAAAGGUGCCGUAUUGUCCUGUGAUGUACUGAGACUCAGCCAGCUACUGAGGUAGCAUCUAUGAAUGCCAUCUCAGGCCUGUGACACAGAGAAAUUCCAUUAUUCACCUGAAGGAAGGAGAAUUGUGAGUCAGAAUGGAAGAGAAAAGAGAACUGUCACUCUGUAAAUCUCUCAGCCAGUAAACUCACUGGGACGUUUUUAUUUUCUCUCUAAUUUUCUGUAUUUUGCAUUUAAAAUGACAGUUUAAGUCGCAAAGACCUUUUGACUUUGUAUUUUCUGCUGCUGUGUUUGAAGGAAGUCCUGCUGGGAUCUGAGUUCAAGCCUGGGGUGUAAUUGAAAAGAGAGUGCAUCUAAGGCUGAGCCCUGUUCAUUGUAUUUUUUUUUACCCACCCCCUUAUCUCAGCUGUCAAGAGGGAGGAUUCUCUUAUAAGUUACCCGCAGCCACAGAGACAGUGGUGGGAAAAGAGGGUGGGAGGAAGAUAAAGGAGGAAAAGGAGGGGUGAAAGGAACAUUGAGCUGAGUGUGAGGGAGUGUGUACACACAACCCAGAGACUGAGUGACUCCUGUAACCAAGGACAAAGGUAGCAACACAUCACAACGUCACUCUCGCCCACUGAGCAUCCUAAAGAAAGGGGAGGCGAGCACUCAGACUCUGAAUCAACAGUCUCCCAUUAUUCAGUGCUGAGCCCCUGGGGUUGGAGUGAUUGCCCUGGAGUGCUGAAGUCUGGGCACAUCUUGGCCACAUCCAGAGUGGACUGCACUGAACAGAAGCCUGCGAGGACUGAGGAGUAGACUGAGAGGGGUGUUCAGUGUGUGUCAAGGUGGAGCUGGAGGAGGCGUGGAGGAGUAACCCAAGGCAGUGAGGACAAAGGUACCCACCAUGGGAAAAUCAAACAGCAAGCUCAAGCAGGAGGUGGUGGAGGAACUCACCAGGAAGACCUACUUUACAGAGAAAGAGGUGCAACAGUGGUACAAAGGCUUUAUUAAGGACUGUCCAAGUGGUCAGCUGGAUGCUGUGGGCUUUCAAAAGAUCUACAAGCAGUUCUUCCCUUUUGGUGACCCCACCAAGUUUGCUUCUUUUGUCUUCAACGUCUUUGAUGAAAACAAGGAUGGACACAUAGAGUUUUCAGAGUUCAUCCAGGCCCUGUCGGUGACUUCGCGGGGGACACUGGAUGAAAAGCUCAGAUGGGCUUUCAAAUUGUAUGAUCUUGAUAACGAUGGCUACGUCACACGAGAUGAGAUGUUAAACAUCGUAGAUGCCAUAUAUCUGAUGGUGGGGAACACUGUAGAGUUACCAGAAGAAGAGAAUACACCUGAGAAGAGAGUGGACCGUAUUUUUUCCAUGAUGGACAAGAAUGCUGAUGGCAAGUUGACCCUGCAGGAGUUUCAGGAGGGUUCCAAGGCAGACCCCUCCAUUGUGCAGGCACUGUCACUGUACGAUGGGCUGGUAUAGGGCCUAAAGUGUUUAAAGAUUCGCAGAUGAGUCCAACAUGGUGCCAUCACACCUGCUAUGAGAAAAAAGCAUCUACAAGCAUCAACGUCCCUCCAUGCACCAUCCAGAAGGAGACGUGGGGUGAGGAGAAGGGCAAGGACUUGUGUAAUACUGCUGCCGUUAAUUGCACAUAUUCAUCUGCACUAUAAGCAUUGAAAACAACUCUGAGCCCUCUGAUAUACAAAAAUGUAAAAUAAAAAAGGACAAGAGGGGAAUAUACACUGAACUUAUACAUACAAGCAAGGCAGUUGUUUUUCCUUGUGGACUAUACUGGAGGAUACCCCUUGAGGUGUGUGUGAACUGUGAACGGCGCUCAACAGAGUCAGAGUGGUGUGACUGACACGUGGAGAGCUGUCACAUGGCUACCUGAAAGACUACAGCAGGAGACAUCAGCAGGCACUGAUUGUUUUUGAGUGUUGAGGGAGAUCAACUAAUUUAUAAAUCCAUGUAUAUAGGAUAUACUAUAAAUAGUCUUGUUAUUAUGUGUUGCUUUGCUGCGUUUGUUGGAGUGCUGUUCAUUAACAUGAAAUUAAGCGUAAUCGUUUUUGAAUCAGUUUUAAUUAAUGGAAUGCUUUUUUUCAUCCUGCUUCCUGCACAAACCGCUUCCUUGGUUGUCUUUCACAUUUUUAUUUGAGGAGUAAGUGGUCAGGGAGGGGCUUUCAUUUGUAAGGCUUAAUUCAUUAUGUUUGGGUUAUGUGCCUCCUAUUGUGUUGGAUGUAUGUUCCGUUUCCCAUCAGCACUACUGUCAAGGCACUGUAAUGUCUCAAUGCCACAUUCUAAAUGACAUGAUCAAGCAACACAGUGUAAUUCCUCACAGUUGACACAUCUCAACUGAGGCUCAUUAUUUCCUUUGACGUCGUCUUACUCCAUCCACCCUGUGUAUACACAAAGCUUCAGCCAUUGAGAACAAACAGACAUACAUUCUCGUUGUAAAGAUUUUUGCAGGCUGUCUGUUUGAGCCUGUCCUUUUUGUGUCUGUCCUGUGUGUUCAACAGAAGCCAUAAAUCCCAGCAUGUGAUGAUGCCUUUCCCGUUCAGUCUCGGGUCAUUUCAGUCUUACCAUUAGGCAUUUGUCAGCUUCACUGAUUUAGCCUUACUCAAGUGAUAAAGAUAAUUUCCCCCUGUGCUGUCAUUUACAUUGAACAACACAGAGCACAGAGUAAAAUGCAUUUUAAAGCUGCAAUAUGUAACUUUCUGGGCGACCUGACCAAAUUCACAUAGAACUGUGAGUUAUAGACCUGUUAUUCCCAUUUAAAUUAAGUCUAAGAAGCUGUAGACCUGUUCUAUGUAAGCUAUUUCUAUGCUUCCCGUUUGUAAGUUUAGUUUUUGCAUCUUUUACUUUUGGUUUUGUACACCAUCUUCAAACACCUGAAAAUACAAUAUUUUGGGUUAUUGAAAAUAUAUUUUACAGCGGUUAAGAUGGUAUGAUGAUUCUCUACACUAUACUUGUUUGUUUUGUUGCAUAAACUGAAAUUGGUCGAACUAUUUCAAUUUUAGCGACCAGGAAAUGUCGGAGCGAUUUCUGCAGUGGACCUUUAAAUGGCUGCCUUUACAUUCUGUGAUUGAAAAUUCAACCUCAAAGCUCUCUAAACUCAACUUGUUUCCGAAAUGUGUCUCAGUUCCCUCAAAUACCUGUUUAUUCAAAAUGGAUACAGGAACAGAACUCUGCCAGAAAGUGGUUGAAGUAAUUGUUCAAUGGAGAUUCAGACUUUUUGUUAAACUUAAACAUGAAUUACCCUGUUAUAAUGAAUUAAGGAUUACAUUGACUGUAACUUGUUCAUUAAACAGUGCUUUAAGACAGUUCAUACUGUAGAUAUGAGUAAAUACAGGCCUUAGUGUUGCUUUCCACUUCAAAUCCAUAAUCUACUGCUACACCAUAGAUUCGCAAUGUAAGUUUUUAUGUCCUGACCUAACUUCAAGUAUUCCUACAGCAGACUAGCACACUUAGAAGAGACCAUUAAGAAGUAGUGAGAUUUCCUUGGUGUCUGAUUUGUGCCAUCCCCGUGCGGUUGAAAAACUCACAGUGGUUUGGUAGAGGCUAGCCAGGCCCUCAGCAAGAUCCACUGGGCCAUUAAUCUGUUUAACAUUGUCUGUCCAUUCUUAUCCAACUGGUCUGGAUUCAGGAGAUAUAAGAGCCAUUAGAACUGGAGUUACUACAUGCCAAAGGAGGACCCAAGUGGGCCAAGCUUAUACAGUAAGUCUAAAUAGUGACCUGGUAGGUUUAGAAGGAGAACAUUUCUUUAUCAUUGCAGUAAACAUCUUUAAUUCAUUGUGUUCUGGCAUUGGUGUUGCAGCAGCAUCCCAUAAAAUGUAUUUAAUUCUCUUUGAUAUGCUUUUCUUGGGUAAGCAGAAUUGUGGAAUAUGAGACUGAAAUCAUGAUUCCUUUAGGCACAAAAGUGUGACUCUAAAAUCUCUGUCAAUUUCUUGACGAAGGUUAAACACUCAACCUGUCUCUGACACCAAUGGUUAUUUUUUGGGGUCAUUAAAAUGUUUUCAUUCUUGCAAACCCUUUCCUUCCUCUUGUAUGGUUGCCUUCUCUCCUCGCCAAACGUCCGAUAUGCUACAUCAAUCUCUUGGCUUGCAUGGCUUGACACUUCUUUGCGCUCAAAUAAAACUCAGUAAGAAAUCUUAAAAUAGAUAAAUCCCUGAGAGCGACUGCCUCACCAUGUGAUGUAAUCGAAGUAUCCGUUCUUAUCAGGAUCUGUAAUCCGACGAGAAAGGGAUGCUUGGCUUCCUCAGCCUUUCCUCUGAAGAAGCAUCUGGCAUUUCUGUCUCAUGUCAAGCCACUGACUCCAUUUAUGCAACAGCGGGAUAUAUUUAUAUAUACAUAUAUUUUGGUGUCUUUUUUUCCAGAGACAACUAAUCUCAUGCUAUUCUACACAUGUUGCAAUGAGGCUGAGAGAAUUUGUUGCAGUUUUACAAAUUAUUUCCUAUAAUUCUAUUUUUUUUUACAUGGCUUAUGAUGUGUUCAUAUCUUACCUGGGAAGGGGGGAGCAACCAUAGAGAUCCUAAAAUUACUAGACAGGCUAUGUUAUAAACCUUCACAUUUCCAAAUGGGGUGAAAAUGGCAGCCAUAUUGGUCAGGGAGAAAUCCAAACCAGUCUUUUUGGAAUUAAUGGCAUUAGAGGCAUAAUCCUGAUUUUUCUUAAGCAGGAAAAUCAAACAAAGGCAUGUGAUGUAUCAGAAAUGGUGUAAUUUAAUGAAUGUUAACCUACAAUAUUGUCCUAUAAUCCUAAAUACAGUUUAUACAGGUUUUGUACACAUUUUCUGUAUAUAUACCCUCUAAAAUACAUGUAAACAUACCAUAAAUGUCUAAAACCAUAAAUGUUUCUUGGAAAGCUGAGAGUGCUAUUAUAUGAUACAAUACCAGUGCUUGUUGCAUUUACAACAUUUUAAAUCCUAUCAUCUACUGAUUUCAGUCAGUGUAUGGCUGUAGAUUGAUUGCAUUGUUUGAAUGAAAUAUUGGCAUGUUAGCAGUUAACUUGUCAAAUUAAACGAAUUAUUCCUCUGGCUGGCUAAUAAAUAAUAAACAUACAGUGCAGA